AUGUGCAAUGCAGGACUCCUAACAAAACAAACACACAGAGCACAGCCCUCUGUCUUCUCUUGCCGUUUCUGCAGUUUGGGAGCACAGUCCGAAAGUCAGACUCAUGUUGACCGGUCUGGCAGGGCGAAAAUGGUCAACGUGGGUUCGAAGCUGGUGACAGAACGGACUGCUACAGCACGAGCAAAGGUUUUUGUGGGACCCGAACUGAUGAAACUCAUACGAGAAAAUGGCCUGAAGGUACUUAGCGUUGCUCGCCUGGCGGGAAUUGUGGGGUCCAAGCAGACGUCCAGCCUUAUCCCUCUGUGUCAUAACAUAUCUUUAUCCUCUGUGGCUGUGGACAUUGAACUGGACUCUGCUCUCAACUGUGUGAUUAUAACUGGCACGGCAAAGUGUAGAGGGCAGAUGGGCAUGGAGAUGGAAGCUCUCGCUGCUGUAUCGGUGUCUGCCUUAACAGUGUACGAUAUGUGCAAAGCUGUGAGUCAUGACAUUGUGAUAUCUGAAAUAAUGCUUCUGGCCAAAAGUGGGGGAACUAGAGGAGACUUCCACCGGACAUGA